AGACACUUAAGUCUUGGGAGUUUGAUUGAAGUAGACGUUUGAUUGGAUCUGAAAGUUGAGAAUGGCAGCAGUUGGUCCUGAGCAGGCCAGGCUGACCCUACAGUCAGGAAAUGAGGUUUGCUAACAUAGUCUUCCUUCCCAUUUUCUGCUUUCAUGAUUUUUUCAUCUUCCCUUUCCUUCCUCUUCUCCAGGACUUCCAUCUUGGAGGAGCAGGAAUAUGGUUUAUCAUUUGAGAGUGGUACAAGUUAGCAAACACAGAAUAUCUGUUCUUCUGGUGCUGUAUUCCGGGAGAAAGCCAUAGACUCUUCCUCUUAGGGAGCUGAGAUAGGAUAGCAGGGAGGCAGGAAGGUAGAAAUACACAUGUAUUCUGAGUGCCAAGGUGGACGCCUGCAUGUGGGAUUGUUGAUACAGCAAGAGAGGGAGUGAGAGUUCUCUUGGGGGGGUCUUGAGCUGAGCUUGGAAAGAGGAGUGGGUGUUUUGCUGUAUCUUAUUCCUGUUUGGGACAGGAAGAUUAAUUUUGUCCUGGUGCCUGGUAGAUAGAACUAUGAAGUUAUCUUAGAAAUGUCAAUAGGUAAUGAUACUUAUUUCAGAUGUAAGAGAAGUGUGCCAGAGUUGAGGCAUUAGAGUUCAUCCCUAGUGGCGAUAACUUUGGGUGUUUUGAGAAAUCGGAGGUCUUCCCUUCUCUUUUACCCUCCUCUUAUUCACACUAACUGCCACAUGAUAGUACGUGUGCCUGGUCACUUGAUGUUGCUGAGGUCCACAUGCCACAAUCUAGGCUUCACUCUGAUAGGUCUUAUCGAUAUCUGUAUGUAUCUCUACCCCCGCUACUUACAUGGAAAAUGCCUUGAGUUCUUUGAACUGCAAUGCUUUAGAUGUGGCAGGUGCUCAGCAACUAUCUCCUGAAUUGAAUUAGUUUGUUUUAAAGUGAUUCUUACUAGCAGCACAUCUAUCAUAAAGGAAAAUUUUGGGACAGUAAUCCGAAUGACUCAACCACCCGGUGAUUUGAGUAUCCUGCAUUUGCUCAGGGCUGUGAUGGUGCAGUAGAGAAAGAGAAUAUAGGGCCUGAUCGUCAGGCUGCUGGAGGGUUGAGUUUCGGAUAUUCCGAUGGGUUGCAAAAAGGUACUGUGCUUUCCUGGGAUCUUUCAAAUUGUAAUCAGCCUUUUAUGUGCCUGUCUGACCCUUGAUGUUAGGAUUGUUUGAACUGAUAUUUUUUGAACAUUUUCUCAUGUUUAUUGGAUGUGGGGGGCAGCAAGUCAGGCUCACCUCAUUGCCUUGUAGCCAUCAUUUACACUUGAUCUUAGCCAAAAGGCCAAGAAGUGAUUUAGCUGUCAUUUAAUAAUGAGCUCCUAAAUAUGACUCAGCCGAUCCGUUCCACAUUGUUCUGUGAGGUAGACGAGGUCUGACAGUUGUGAAGCGGCUUGUGCAAUGUCUCUUAGAUGUUGCUUUCCAGUUCUUGUCGAAUGUGGGUUCCCGUCUACCAGAGGAGGCUGGUUGCUGGAAAACACAUGAAAACAUACGCACUUUGCUGUUUUGUUGUCUUUCCUUUCUUUCUCUCUCUUCUCAUGGCAUGCUUUGAAACAGAUUAGAGUUGUGUUUGGCUUCAAAUUGCUGCAGUUGCCCAUCAAGGUAGUGCCAUGGUGUAGGGUUAGCAGGGGUGCUGUUGCAGAGAAGACAGUGAGUCUGGUGCUCAAAUGCAAUGUGACUGAGUGCCCCUGAAGCCAGGGAAGGGCUUACAGGCAAGGGCUGUCUGUCAGCCUACACACAUUGACUGCAGGUUUGAAAGUGCUAUGUGAAGCUUUUGUUUAGAAUUCUGACUUGGGCCAUUCAUUGUGGUAUUACUGGAAAAAAAAAAACCUGAAGGAAAAACAUAAAAAAGCUUGGCAUACACAAAUCCAUCAUCUGACAUCAGGAAGGUUAUGGGGAGUCAGGACCAAGCAAAGGUUCUUAGAUAUGGUAAUUAGAAAUCACCCCAUUCUUUCAUUCAUUCAUCAUAAUGUACUGCCCUGUCAGAAUCACCUAGGGAGCUUUUUUCAGAGUACGCUGGGUACUGCAUCCCUGAGGGAUGUGUGUUUCUGCUGUCCUUCAUUCUCCCAGGUGCCAGUUACUGCUGGUAGUUAGAGGUGUUCGUGAUUCUGCCUCUGUAAUGGUAUGGAAACAGAAAAAAGGCUUAGAAAGUGCUAAACAAGAUUAUUUUUAAGGGCCCUUCCUGCCCUGUGACUUGUAUGUAGAGAACAGAAUUGUUCUUUGAUCUCCUUGGGCUUUAUUGACAGGGUGAGAUAAUUGAUUAAAGAAUAGUAGUAUCUUUUGAGCAAGAUUUUGGGGUUGUCAAGAUGGUACAUGGAGGCAUAUUGCUUCUUGACUGCUGAGUAGGGUAGUGCUCUGAUUUUACUGUUCAUGGCAAGAACAAUGAUUUGGCUCUUGGUUGAAUUUCUAAAAUUUUAAAAUUAGUCUUUCCUAGUUCCUUUAUUAUGUGGAAACAUUAAAAACAGAAAAAUCUGAUGAUUACAUUCCAGUUUUAUUAGCAUUAUUACUUAUCUUCAGACUGUCCUUUGUCAGACUCUCGGGCAGGGUAUUGGGCUCAUUCAGGGAACUUUUAAAGUUAUUUGUAUAUGAAACAUUGCAUAGCUAUGUCAUUAUUUAAUUACUAUGCAACAAAGCAUAGCAUUGAUAACAGAAGAGAGAAGCAUGCAAAAUAUUUCACAGGGAUAAGCAUGGAGAUGAGUAGGUUCACUUUGAGCAAGUUAAUGACUAAGGCAGGGAAGGAGAGUGACCUCUCCUUGAAGACAUUUUUGUCUAGUUGUGCUUCGCUGGAUAUUACCACAGUAUGGCUUUCAUUGUGAGGAUUUAGUUCUACUUGGGAAAUAUUACAUGUCUUCCUGUGUACGGGGCUGUGAUUGGAAGCAAGUUUUCAUCCUUCGAUUAUUUCUGAAGCUAUUAAACUAUAGCAAUAGUUGGUUAACUAAGAAUUUUAUUAAUGGUUAUGAUUUUAAAAUGAACUUGAUCUUUAUAGAUUAUGAAAAGAAAUUGAGACGCUGUCUUCCAUCUAAAAGAAGAAAAGUAGAACUAAUUAGAUCAUUUGGCUAAGGUAGGAAUAACUGCACCUGAGAAAUACUUGUAGAAAAUAAUAGGCCAGUAAGCCCAGCUGGGAGGAGAGGAAUGAGGAGAUUGAAUUGGUAUGAUUCGGAUCCUAGGAGUAAACUGAGGAUCAGAGUAGGGGUAGAGCUAUCUUGCCUUACUUUUUUCCUCCUUUCUGCAGAUGAGGGUAGCUACAUUUUCUUUGAGCAGAUGGUUGAACUUUAGAUUGAGGAGCUUUAACCUUACCAAUUUUUCAGAAAAAUGAAUCUGCAUAUAUAAAUACCUCCAUAUCCUACCUUUUGUUGGCAGGCAUAUUCAUAUUACGUGUGUGUGUGUGUGUGUGUGUGUGUGUGUGUGUGUGUAUGUAUGUGUGUGAUGAGUUGAGGAAGGUUGACUCUCUUGUUUGGAAUGGACACACCCCCACCCCCACACCUACACCCACACCCCUUUUCUGGGUAUAUUUGUGAUGUAAGCAAGGAAUUAAGAACUGGUAAGAAGUGGCGAAAAUAUACAUUGAGUGAUAGUCAUGUAGUUAUGCUAAAAUUUUAUCUUCCCAUUUCAGUUGGAAUAAUUUCAUUAGCAGUGCCUUAAGCAACAGGAUAUAUGAUUGAAUUUUCUUUUAGUGAAUUGCCUAGUUACAUCGGAUCCAAUUAAGUUUUGCAUAUGUUAUCAGUAGCAUUAAAUGAAACCAAGUGUUGUGUUAAGUACAAUUAGUUAAGUUACUUUAGUAAGAAAUAACUUGUACUAAAUAUAUAUUGUGCUAGUAACUACAGCAAAUAGAAGUCUUCCAAAGUAUAGUUUAUAUGUAAAACAUGGAAUGAUUAUUCAAAUUUAUUGUUAAUAUCCAUACAUUUUCUCAUUAAAAUGCCUAUACAAUUUAGUAUUUAUAUAGGAUAUUAUGGGAUUGUUGUUUUAAAAUUUCUUAGCAAGGCCAUAGUAAAAAUAACUAUGGAACUAGAAAUGAGUAUUUCUGUUCUUUAAGGGUGAAAACUUUUUAUUAUAAUCAAGAUUUUUAAAGUCACAUAAUUAUGAAAUGAAUACAAACUUUGUUAAAGGCUGAUAGUCUUUUGCUUAAAGUCUGUUUGAAAAUUACAGUGUUCUUAGUAAGAUUUGGUGGAAAUAUAAGUGUUGGUGUGAUAAUUUUGUGUUCUGUUCUGCUUGUCAAUAAAAAUAUUUUAAAAUUUAAAAAGAGAGCAACCCAGAUUUUCUUAAAAGCAAAAGCCAAAAUCAACCAACCACAAAGCAAAAAACAUACAACCAAAAACAACCCUAGAGUGCUGGAGUGCUAUGAGAGCUGGCAGAGGGUCUCUAGGUUGUGACUAGCUAUCUUGUUGCUGAGUGGUUUACCUACCGUGGGCCUUUGUUCCCUAAUUUGUAAAAUGUGGUUGGCACGAUGAGUUGUGACAUUGAAAUUGGUAAUUUGCAAGCAUAUUUUUCUUCUGUUCGUUGUCUAAGGGAUAUGACUCUGUGAUUGGCUUUCUAAUCUCUACUCAGUUCAUCUAAGUGGAGUUUGGUGUUGAAUUUCUUUUAUGUGACAUUAUUUAGGAAUAGAUAUCCUUAGGCUACUAGCUGAAAAAUUAUAAACCUAAAAUUUUUAUUUAUGUUUAAAAUUUUAGGUAUGCUAUACCUCCAGAGCAUGGAAAACGACUUGAAAGACUAGCUCAAGGUUUUUUCCCAAGCAGCUCCCAAGGGUGUGAUGCAUUUCUUCGCCACAAGAUGACUUUGAUUUCUCCAUCAGUAUUGAAGAAAUACGGUAUUCCCUUUGACAAGAUAACCCAGGAGGCUGGAGAAUUCAUGAUCACUUUCCCAUAUGGCUACCAUGCUGGUUUUAAUCAUGGUUUCAACUGUGCAGAAUCUACAAAUUUUGCUACUGUCAGAUGGAUUGACUAUGGAAAAGUUGCCAAAUUGUGCACUUGCAGGAAAGACAUGGUGAAAAUUUCAAUGGAUAUCUUUGUGAGGAAAUUUCAGCCAGACAGGUAUCAGCUUUGGAAACAAGGAAAGGAUAUAUAUACCAUUGAUCACACGAAGCCUACUCCAGCAUCCACCCCUGAAGUAAAAGCAUGGCUGCAGAGAAGGAGGAAAGUAAGAAAAGCAUCCCGGAGCUUCCAGUGUGCUAGAUCUACCUCUAAAAGGCCUAAGGCUGAGGAGGAAGAGGAAGUGUCAGCUGAAGUCGAUGGGGCAGAGGUCCCUAACCCCGACUCAGGCACAGAUGACCUCAAGGUCAGUGAAAAGUCAGAAGCAGCAGUGAAGCUGAGGAACACAGAAGCACCUUCAGAAGAAGAGUCCUCUGCUAGCAGGAUGCAAGUGGAUCAGAAUUUAUCAGAUCAUAUCAAACUCUCAGGAAACAGCUGCUUAAGUACAUCUGUAACAGAAGACAUAAAAACUGAGGAUGACAAAGCUUAUGCAUAUAGAAGUGUACCUUCUAUACUCAGUGAGGCUGAUGAUUCCAUUCCAUUAUCUAGUGGUUAUGAGAAGCCCGAGAAAUCAGACCCACCCAAGCUUUCAUGGCCAAAGUCACCUCAGUCAUGCUCAUCAGUGUCAGAGAGUAAUGAUGUGUUAACAGAGGAAGAAGAGAGUGAUGUGGAGAGCCAUGGGAAUGGCCUUGAACCUGGGGAAAUCCCAGCGGUCCCCAGUGGAGAGAGAAAUGGCUUCAAAGUCCCCAGUGUAUGUGGCAAUAUCCAUUUUUACCAUAUUCAUUAUAUGAUAACAGAGGGAGAGAACAAAACCUCUAAGAGUUGGCGCCAUCCACUUAGCAGGCCUCCAGCAAGAUCCCCGAUGACUCUUGUGAAGCAACAGGCACCAAGUGAUGAAGAAUUGCCUGAGGUUCUGUCCAUUGAGGAGGAAGUGGAAGAAACAGAGUCUUGGGCGAAACCUCUCAUCCACCUUUGGCAGACGAAGUCCCCUAACUUCGCAGCUGAACAAGAGUAUAAUGCAACAGUGGCCAGGAUGAAGCCACACUGUGCCAUCUGCACUCUGCUCAUGCCAUACCAUAAGCCAGAUAGCAGCAAUGAAGAAAAUGAUGCUAGAUGGGAGACAAAAUUAGAUGAAGUCAUUACGUUGGAAGGAAAGACUAAGCCCCUUAUACCAGAGAUGUGUUUUAUUUAUAGUGAAGAAAAUAUAGAAUAUUCUCCACCCAAUGCCUUCCUUGAAGAGGAUGGAACAAGUCUUCUGAUUUCCUGUGCAAAGUGCUGCGUACGGGUUCAUGCAAGUUGUUAUGGUGUUCCUUCUCAUGAGAUCUGUGAUGGAUGGCUGUGUGCCCGGUGCAAAAGAAAUGCGUGGACAGCAGAAUGCUGUCUCUGCAAUUUGAGAGGAGGUGCUCUUAAGCAAACGAAGAACAAUAAGUGGGCCCAUGUCAUGUGCGCCGUUGCGGUCCCAGAAGUUCGAUUCACUAAUGUCCCAGAAAGGACACAAAUAGAUGUAGGCAGAAUACCUUUACAGAGGUUAAAAUUGAAAUGCAUCUUCUGCAGACACCGGGUUAAGAGGGUCUCUGGAGCCUGCAUCCAGUGUUCCUACGGUCGCUGCCCGGCCUCCUUCCAUGUCACUUGUGCCCAUGCUGCUGGGGUAUUGAUGGAGCCUGACGAUUGGCCUUAUGUGGUGAACAUUACAUGCUUUCGACAUAAGGUCAACCCCAAUGUGUUCACAGCACAGAGUAAGCACUCAAAAAAUGAAAGUUGUAUUGCUACUACUACUUCUACUGCUGCUGCUGCUGGUGCUACAAUCUUAUGUGAACUGGGCCACAAGCCCAAGGCUUGCGAGAAGGUCAUUUCCGUGGGACAGACGGUCAUCACGAAGCAUCGGAACACCCGGUAUUACAGUUGCAGAGUGAUGGCUGUGACGUCGCAGACCUUCUACGAGGUCAUGUUUGAUGAUGGCUCCUUCAGCAGAGACACAUUUCCUGAGGAUAUCGUGAGCCGAGACUGUCUGAAGCUGGGCCCACCUGCCGAGGGAGAAGUCGUCCAAGUCAAGUGGCCCGAUGGCAAACUCUAUGGAGCAAAAUAUUUUGGAUCAAAUAUUGCCCACAUGUACCAGGUUGAGUUUGAAGAUGGGUCCCAGAUAGCAAUGAAGAGAGAGGACAUCUACACUUUAGAUGAAGAGUUACCCAAGAGAGUGAAAGCUCGAUUUUCCACAGCCUCUGACAUGCGAUUUGAAGACACAUUUUAUGGAGCAGACAUUAUCCAAGGGGAGAGAAAAAGACAAAGAGUGCUGAGCUCCAGGUUUAAGAACGAAUAUGUGGCCGACCCUGUGUACCGCACGUUUUUGAAGAGCUCUUUCCAGAAGAAGUGCCAGAAGAGACAGUAGUCUGCAUACAUCGCUGCAGGCCACAGAGCAGCUUGGGUAGGAAGAGAGAAGAUGAAGGGACGACCUUGGGGCUGUGCCAUGAGUUUUGUUGGCAUAGGUGACGGGGUGUGUCUCUGACAGUGGUAAAUUGGGUUUCCAGAGUUUGGUCACCAAAAAUACAAAAUACACCUUAUUAAUUGGAUGCAGCAAUCUGAAAUCAUCUCUAGUCUUGCUUUCACUUGUGAGCAAUUGUCUUCUAUGAUCCCAAAGAAUUUUUCUAAGUGAAAGGAUAUACUAGUGAAUCACCCACUAGGAAAAGCCACUGCCACAGAGGAGGCGGGUCCCCUUGUGCGGCUUAGGCCCCUGUCAGGAAACACAUGGGGACCUCUCUCUCCAGCUCCAGCAGGUGGCACCUCGGUACCCAGCGGGGAGGGCAAUAAUUUAUAUAUUUUCCACAGUCAGGGAAGGACUCUCACUUGUUUCAAAUUGCAGUUUUUAUAAAACAUUUUUAAAACACAAAUGGCAUGUAUGCUAAUGAGAUUUACCCGUGUGCUAUCUGUAUUUCCCUUGUACAGAACUUUUACAUUUUUGAAUAUUCCUAUUACUUUUGAUUGUGUCUGAUGGGAACUGAGUUGUUGGCCUUUGUGAAAUGAAACUUUGGCUCUUGAGAAAGAAUUCUUAUGAAUUGUAUGCGAAUUUUAUAUAUUUAAAGAGGGAGAUCUGGGGCUGUUAUUUUUAAACACUUUUUUUCAUAAUACAUAUUCUGAGUAGAUAUUUAUAAAAUAUAUGUUUCUUUCAUUAUGUGUUUGUAAAAUUAGAGUUUAAAUAAAUAUGCUUUGAUGCAUAGUUUUGAACUAAUGUAACAUGAUUUUUCUUUUUUAAAACAGCCUGAAAAUGUACUAGUGUUUAAAAAUAAAGAUUUCCAUUUUCUCCA